AUGUCAGAGAACAAGACGGAAGUGAAGGCUCGCAUCAUGCCGGCCGAAGACGGCAGCAUCAAGGUCGUCUUCUUCUCCGCGCCGACGUCGCCUCCGCUCCUCGGAGCAAAGGCGGCGAGCGGCGCCAAGAACGCACCCGUUGAGGACGUCACCGUGGCCGAGUCCGGCGCGGAGGCGCCCCUCGACGAGAGCAUCCUCAAGCAAGACCUGGCCGCGGAAGAGGCGGAGACGGUCGACUCGGACCGGGCCAAGGCCAUGUUUGCCGCCCACAAGCCGAGCGCGGACGCCGUUUUCUGGUCCAAGUUUGAGCGCCCGACCGACCCACCGCCCGCCCGCACCGGCGUCACCAAGAACGGCCCGGCGCUCGAGCCGGUCACCGAAGACUCGCCGGCUCUCGAGCCGGGCGACGCCGACUGGAACGUCUCGACCAAGGAGUUUCCCGUGGAGGAGCCCGCCCCGGCGGUGAGCGCCUCCCAGCACCCUUCUGUGCACACGCGGGGCAUCGACGAGUGGAAGACCCCCUCCCCGCUCCGCAAGAUCGAGCGCAAGGGCGAGUCCAACCUGGUCGACCGCUCCAAGAAGACCACCAAGAACCUCACCCCGAUCGGCCGCGUCGACCCCAAUGGAUUCGCUGCGCUGCUCGGAACGGACGUCGACGAGGAAGACCUCGCUGGCGUCGGCUCCGGCAAGGCGUCUGGCGGCGCCGGGGAGAAGACCGAGCCGACGUCGACGCGCUCCGGCUUCGGCUUUGGCAUGUUCGGCUCGCCAAAGGGCAAGUUCUGCUCGUCAAAGCUGCUGUGCGUCAUCGUCACCGUGGUGAUCGGUCUGGGCUGCUCGGCCUUUGCGCUCUCUUCGCACGGCUCGGGCGGCGUCUCUGAGCACCUCGAGUCGGUCUUCGUGCCUGACGCGGCCGCGAUCCCGUCUCGCUCUGCGGGCGCCAGCGAGUCUAACUCAAAAAUCAUCGGCGCCGAUGAGGCAGGCGUCGUCGCAGAGGUGGUGGCCGUUGCCCGAGGCUCAGUCGUCGCACCGCGCCGUGGCCUUCAGAAUUCCUGCAGCUGCUCUACGUCGUGGCAGUGCAGUGCCGUUGAAGGGUGCGCGGCUUUUAUGGCUUAUAUGGACUGCUACGAGCUAUGCAUCUCAAAUCAGGCUCUACUGCAAAAUUGCCUAAAUUCCAUCGGGCACCACUUGUGUGAUGCUGCCACGACUGCCACGAGCCAGCUCAGCAAAGCAUCCCUUGCCAUCUUCCUGCUCGGUGCCAUCAUUUUCGCAGUUGUGGCCAAGGGGUGCUGCGAAAAUUGCAACCGACUUUCUCUCCUGCUGUUGGUCGUCGGUUGGCUCUUAAACGCCCUGGCCGCGGCUAUCAUGACUACAGUUGCGGUUGGCAUCGAUCAGAAGCGCUGGCCGAUCCCGUCCUCGCUCGCCACCUACCUCGGACUACCUGUUGACGACGACCUCUGGCAAUGCUGCGAAUUUGAAAUCUCUCCGGAAAUGUUCGCGGGACUCGCUGCGACGUGGUUGGAGGUCGUUGGCAUUGCCGUCGCUCUGUGGAAGGUGCCGUGGCUUGCUGCGUGCUGCCCGCGCUCGACGCGGCCACUUAUGGUCGAGCAUGACGUUUCGGUAGUUGCGAUGCAACAACUGCAGGCGUAG